AUGUCUGAGUACUGGAAGUCUACGCCAAAAAUUUGGUGCAAGCACUGCAAGACUUUUAUCAAAGAUACUAAGCUCGAAAAAGCCAACCAUGAAGUCACUGGUAAACAUCAAGGCAAUCUCCAGCGCUUCCUCCGGGAUUUGCACAAAACCAAUGAAAGAGAAGUGCGCGAGAAGCAAAGAGCGAAGUUUGAGGUCGAAAGAUUGAAUGGCGCUGUUAAGAAGCCAGUGACUGGCCCUGAAGCUGAACAGACCGUCGUUCCGUCCUCAGGUUCAACCGAGCAGGCCACACCAGCUGAUAGGAAAAGGCAAAUGCAGCAGCUUGCUGAGAUGGGCAUCGCUGUGCCCGAGGAAUUUCGAAGAGAAGCUGCGCUGGCGGGAGAUUGGCAAACAACAUCGCAACGAUUUAUCCAUGAUGCAGUGCCAAAAGCAGAGGCUGGGGUUAAGGAAGAGCCUGAGGACUCAAAGCUCGCGUUGAACAUUGGCGUAAGAAAGCGAAAGCAUGAAGGCGAUGACGAUGGUGAGAUUACUCCCGAGACUGUGGUCAGGAGGGGCUGGGGUUCUACGACAAGAGCAUAUCCAGGGAUUGAAGGCAAUGACCUCGAUGCACUUCUUGAAAAGACUAAAGGGCCCACCGAACGUGAUGCGAACAGUUCACUCAAAGACAGUAGCCGGGCGGAGACCUCAAGUGAUGCUAUGGUAAAAUCAGAAGACAGGUCACCAACUGCGAUAGGUCCCGAGAUUGGGCCUUCAACUUCGAACAAUGCCUCAUCUUUGACUGGAGAGGACAAGCCUGCGGUCGGCACCGAGGGCAGCAGAGGAACCGGUGUCGUAUUCAAGAAACGCAAGGCGAAAGCUCCGACUUCCAAAUGA